GUUAGUUUUCCAAAAUAAAUUUCUCGCUGAGAUAAGGCAAUAACCUGGGAGUAAACAAUGUUAGUGAUAAAGAGGGGCAGUGCAGUUGUAUUUCUAGACAAAGCGGUGAAAUUCCUCUUAGUGCAUCGUUCGUUGAUUUUUUGCUCCAAAUAUACACAUAUUUUUUACAGACAACAAAGUACAUCUUUAGAAAUGUCCCCACCAAUGCUUUUAGUGCAUGGAGGAGCUGGGGAUAUAGGUGAUGCGCGUAUUCUCGGCAAAGUGCAAGGCAUGAAGUUGGCUUUGAAAGUUGGUUUGCCAUUGUUGAUGCCUGCGAUGGAAUGUGGCGGCGACGAAAGAGGUUCUGCGCUAGAUGCCGUCGAGGCAGCUGUGCGUGCAAUGGAAGAGGAUGAAAAUUUCAAUGCUGGCUAUGGAGCUUGCCUUAAUAGCGAUGGCAAUGUAGAAGUGGAAGCUAGCAUUAUGGAAGGUUCAAAGUUGCGUGCUGGUUGUGUUACCUUACUGCAGGACAUCAAAUACCCUAUCACUGUGGCACGACAUGUCAUGGAAAGAACUAAUCAUACAUUUUUGGGCGGUGUUAGUGCGCAAAAAUUCGCUUUAGAAAAUGGUGCUGUACAAUUGCCACAAGGUUCAUUGGUGACACAAAGUGCCCGUGAUGCAUUAGCACAAUUUAAGAAGCAACAAGCGGAGGGUAAAGACACCACAUACGCAAGAACGGAGUUAGAUACAGCGGUUAAAGAACGUCCGGGUGAGCCAGGCACAGUGGGCGCCGUAGCCAUCGAUGCUAAAGGCAAUAUUGCUGUUGCUACAUCAACAGGUGGUAUAACCGGUAAAGUGCCUGGACGUAUAGGUGAUACACCACUGCUUGGUUGUGGCACUUACGCCGAUAAUAAUUGGGGCGGCGUUUCCACUACUGGUCAUGGCGAGACAAUAAUGCGCUUUAAUUUGGCACAAAAAAUUCUAGCCAAUAUUCGUUACGAAAAUAUGUCAGCACAAGCAGCCACCGAGGUGGCAUGCAAAGAGAUGACUGAGCGCUUAGGUGGGACUGGUGGUGCUAUAACUAUUGGGCCACAAGGUGAUAUUGGCGUUGCAUGGACGUCAAGGCGUAUGGCGUGGGCUUAUGUGCGUGAUAACGAAUUUAUUUAUGGCAUAGAUCAGGGAAAAAUACUAAGCGAGACAUUUGAAUAAUUGUAAAUAAGAAAAGCUUAUCGCUAACGAGAUAAAGACCGAAAACGAGAACAUGUAACAAUUUUCGUAUGGUUUCUUCCGUAACUGCAUUUACACGAUUUAUGUACUUUUAUACCAAAUUUUUAAUGAAUUGUCUGUAAUAAAAUAAAGACUA